AUGGAGCAGUCAACCAGCGGGUUUUUGAGUUGGGUUGGGGGGCACCCCCUCCAGCGGCCGGAUCGACCAAGCACGGGCCCUGGGUCAAGGCAUCCAGCGACGAGCGCGGUUCCACGGGUGAGCAAGCGUACAGGCGGCGGUGAUGGCACUGGAGUGCAGAGCAGAGCAGCAGAGGCAGCGGAUGGGCGACACAAGAAACGGGCAGGAUCGCCCGACGUGAUUAUUUAUUCUCCCCUACAACCGUCCUCUUUGGCGCUUCCCUUCGACCAGCCCAACCCGACCAAUUAUGAUCGCGACACCGAGAAAAGGGUCCCGUCAUCGAACCAAUCUCACACCACCCGGUGGGCCCCCGCGGGCCAAGUCAGCAUCAUCACCAUCGCUCUACGAUCGCGCCCCGUCCCAUGGUUGUUGCCAAACGGCUUAGCACGAGCGGGGACUAUCGGGCAACUGGAAGAGCCUGGCCACGUCCACCGUUCACUUGAUUGGUUGAGCCUGGAGAUCUGGCGACUCCAUCGAGAUCCGGCCUCUGGCCUGCUCCCCCCUACCCACCGGGCGAUUUGGAGCGACAAGCCGCGCCUUUCCGCCCUGGUCGGGAAGACUGAACAGAACCGACACAGCAGACAGGAUGAUCGCUGGGCAUGUCGAGGCAGCAGGUGGCCAAGACGGGGACCGAGCGCAGAGUCUGCCUCACCACCCAAUGCACUUCCCCCUUAG